UUUUGACGGAAUUACUUCCGGUGCAUGAUGUUCACGUUUUAAUGUCCUUGGUGGAUUUCUCCUUAAAAAAUGCGAUAAAUAUCCCUUAAUACACACUUCGUUUUGUUCCUCCGGAUAUCUGACGGCAGCGGGAGUUUGCUCCGGAUCCAGUGAGACGGAAUGUCUUUAUUUUGGAGUGUGAGGCCGGCGCUGACGUCUCUGUUUCACGCAUCCCAGCAUGCAUCUCUCUGGUCGGGUCGCACCAUGGCCACUCUGAACCAGAUGCACCGUCAGGGGAAACCCAAAGCUCCUCCUCCGUCCGUCGGCGCCACGUUCGGCCGGCCGCAGCUAAAGGCCGUGGUUCUGAAGACCAUGAUCCGGAAACCCAAGAAGCCCAACUCGGCCAACAGGAAGUGCGCUCGGGUGCGCCUCUCCAACGGGAAGGAGGUGGUGGUGUUCAUCCCCGGGGAGGGCCACAACCUGCAGGAGCACAACGUGGUGCUGGUGGAGGGGGGGCGCACGCAGGACCUGCCUGGGGUCAAACUGAAGGUGGUGCGGGGGAAAUAUGACUGUGCUCACGUGGUGAAGAAGACGCACUGAUGAGUGUGUGUGUGUGUUAUAAGUGUGUGUGAUGUUGUGUAAUAAAUGAAGUGCCCAUGAGAA